AUAAUAGCUAAAAAUGCUAUAUAAUGUCACUUAAAACACAUUAAAAGUGUAAUCUUUGAAAAUGUGUUUUACAAUCAUCAUGUGAACACUUAGUUAUGCAUUCACUUGAAUUUUGAAGACAAUGCAUACAACAAACAAUGUUGUUGAUUUUGUCGUUUCUUGAAGACUUUGUUGAAACUGAUUGAAAAUAGCUUCUUUAAUGUUUCAUUAAUAUUUGUGAAAUUUUCAGUGACCACUCAACUAAAUUAACCUUGGACGCUUUUAAAAAUGAUAUUUCAAAAAUCUGCUUUUUUGAGGGUUUUAGAUAUGGUUGUGCAAGGUUUUAAGUUAAUUUGAAAUUAUGCAAUAAAUGGGAAAAUAAUCAUUCAUUUUUUGCGAUAAUGAAAAUCGAUAUUACAUCUUUGGGAAAUUGAAUUAACACAUAAGCGGAGCAUUUUGGGGCUAAAAACGAUGAAAUUUGGACCACUAAAUCCGAUGUAACUAAAUAGCGGUGAAAUAGAUGAUAUCGUAAAUUACAUUCAAGAGCUAACUAAGUGUGCUCCUAAUUUACAUUGAGUAGGUUUUUGAAAAUUUUAGUUUUUAUAAUGUUUUUAGGUAUGUAAGUUUUUUAUGUGGACUAGAAUUCCAUAAAACAAUGAAGUUAAAGUUGUUCCCUAUGACUUUUUGGGGUAGAAAAAUGCCAAUUUGUUUUUAGGAAUUUCUCUGGAAACUUGAUAGGGCUCUUUGAACACCGUGCUUACGAAUAAGUUACGCGGCUUGGGAUUGGGCGGCUCAAUUCUAUGGUGGAUUGAAGACUGGCUAAACGGCCGGAGGCAGAGAGUGGUGCUGAGUGGAGAAUUCUCCUACUGGAAGAGUGUGACGAGUGGCAUCGUUCAAGGUAGCGUUCUGGGACCCAUCCUUUUCCUGAUGAUUGUCUCUGAUUUACCCAAUUGUCUUGGGCCAGCGGGUACUAUUGGAACAUUCGCAGACGACACUAAGAUCUGUCGCGCAAUUAGUUCGAUGCAGGAUAGUGCAUUACUGCAAGGGGAUAUCAGCUCGUUAUUGCAAUGGGCACAACGGCACUCAAUGAUGCUUAACGUGGAAAAAUGCAAGGUUUUCCAUGUUGGAAGCCGCAACCCGUGCAACACGUACUUUCUUGAUGGAACAGUGAUAGGUACAGUCGAAUCGCAGCUUGACUUGGGUAUUCUUAUUCAUCAUGACCUAAAACCCUCCUUACACGCCGGAACAAUAACCAAAAAGGCCAACUCUGUUCUUGGGCAAAUAAAAAGAGCCUUUUCUAUUCGAACUCCGGAGGUGCUCACACGGAUAUAUAAGUCUUAUGUGAGGCCUCACCUCGAAUUUGCAGUCCAGGCGUGGAAUCCUUGGCUUCGAAAGGACUGUGAAGUUUUGGAAAAGUUCGGCGUCGUGUGGUUCGGAUGAUGAGAGGGCUGACGGGAUCAUAUGAAAACAAACUACAACAGCUCGGUCUCACUUCGCUUGAGGAUCGUCGCAGGAGGGGAGACGCCAUUCUUACGUGUUUUCGUGUGCCGAUAUUUACGACUGACUUCGAAUGCGCAAUAAGAUGUUUAUCCGACUUUUGUUUCGGAUACAAGUUGGAUUCAGAAACAAUGACGUGUACAACUUUGGAGACUGCUCCAGGAGAUGCCAUCGUUGUUGGACCUUCAAAAAAUACUUCACAGCUUUGGCUGAAGAGGGGCCAUGUGAAGAGAGUUUCCAGAGUAGCUUUACUACAGAAUACAAGCGGAAGCUUUCUGGAGUACUUUUCAUUGCCAAAUCCAAAUGCGACAUAUUUGAGAAUACCUGAUUUUACCGAAAUAGAAUCUUUUCCUAUUCAUCACUGUUUCGACUGGGGCCUUUUGAUAUGUGCUUCAAAAUUGAGAGUAUGCAAAAAAUGGAUAUAUGGCUCGGAAGCAUGGGUGGAUGGACCAACAAUGCUCAACAGGCAUUUGGAAACUCUUGAUUAUAACCAAGUGGGCAUGGUCAAUAACAACCUUUGGGUUAUUGGAGGCUUUGCUAAGGGGAGGGCAUAUUCACCUACGGAAUAUUAUUCGCCGGAGGGUCAAUGGGUUCUGGGCCCUAAUUUAUCCCACCCUUUGAACAGAUUCGGAGUUGCGCCAGUAUCGGAUUGGCAAGUCCUAAUCGUCGGAGGAAUCAUGAACGGAAUAACUCAAAGCAAAAUUAAAUUAUUCGAUCUUGUAACCGGCAACUGGUCCGACAUAGACUAUCACCCUCAUGAAUUAAUUUUGGUGGCGUGUGCCAGGCACAUUUUACUGAAUGGAACGUCCGUGGUCAUAUGCACUGGAGGACAGUGUUCAUACACAUGUGGAGGUUCAGUUGACAACUUAAAGAUCACGGGGGUGUAUGACAUUGACGCUGGCAUUUGGAACUUGACCCCUGAAUGGGACCUCCCCAUGAAAUGUGCUAGACCGAGGAUGCGUAUUUUGGAGGGUCGUCUUUUCAUAAUGGGCGGGGAAUUCGAGGAUGGUAAGAACAACCGAGUUCUGGAAUUCAGAGAAGAAGAGACUCCUGUGUGGCAAGAACUGGAGAGUUUGCCUUCAACUGCUGAAAUUGAAAGCGUAAUAAGCAUUGAAUCAUCAAUUUGGGUCCCAAACUAGUGAGAUUUUGAUGAUAACAGAACUGAAAUCGGUUGCUUUUGCACUGUGUUGGUCUAUCAUAUAUAUAGAAACAUUCAAACCACAGUUAUUGUGAGUUUUUCUAAAUCAACCAUUGAGUUUUAAACUAUCCAAACAUUGCAGUCAAUAUGCUUUAAUAACAAUCAAAAUGGAGAAAAGUAGCAUUAGUGAAUGCUAAUAUGCUGA